GCUGGUUCCUCCUCUGAAAGACCAACAAAAUUGGAGGGCAGCAGAAUACGUGUCCCUCUCUUUUUUCUCAAUCGAUAGAAGCCCUCAAGAUGGCACCCUCCCGAUCACCACCCUCCAACCGUACGGACACCGAAAACACCGUUGAAAUCCGAGCGACAUGCUCCUCAGUGGGCGCAUUGAGAAGCUGAUGCACUCCUACUCUGUCCCCCCAUCUCAACCUCAACAUGAGCGCUGGGAUUCCGGAAACUCUUUCGGCGGCCCCCUUCUUAUCCCCCAGUGAAGGGUCAUGGUCGUCUUUUGUGGCCUGAGAUGCCUCCUUUCUAGCCGUCCCUUGACCUUCCUACACAGGUCUUGGAUCCACCGAAGGAGAAUGCAUUGCCUCAAAGAACCUAGCUUUCAUAUCCGAUACCGACCGAGUGCUCGCUCGUUGAAAUAGGCCAACUCCCAGAGGGGCAAAAAGUAUGUGAAAUCUUGGACAGGCAGAACGGGCUCGGGAUCAGGACCCCUCAUACCUUCUUCACCAAUGGUAGUGGGAAGAUGGAGGCUGCUGGGUGUGCGCAGUUUAGCAAGAUCCUGAAGAUCCUGGGCCUUCUUCUACAAAGCAGUUUAUCCUGUGGCACGUACCCAUGGGCAUGCUGAGUGAAUACUACAACACCAUGUUGGGGGGCUGUCUGGCUUCGAGGACAUCGCCAUGCCAAAUACUAUCGUGGGCUAGGGUGAGGCAUUGCUCCAUAUGGGACUUUGAGCACCAGGAAAGGGGAGAGUGCCUGAUUGAGGGAUUUUAGGAUGACGAAUAUCGAGGCCGCCUUAGCGUUCUCCGGUCCUAGGGAUUACGCUAUAGAUCCACCAUCAUCAUGGAUCUUGCACAGAGUGAGGAUGAACAGCGGGGGACCAGAGCGAAGGACUCAAUCAUCUAGCAGAUACCCAUCUACUUCUAUGGUACGCGCCUCACCUCUCCUCCUAUGAUCUGGCUUAAAGGCUAACAUGAUCCCAAAGGCGAUCUCCUCUACCGGUCUGAGACCAAAUACCCCCGCAUAUCCCGGACACUUUCCUCCACGCUAGAAGCGGUGCCCAGAGCUUCAACCAGCGCCAACCUUGAGGCUACGGCAUACACAUAAGUGGGCGGCAUGCUGACCUCCUGGAUAGGGGAGAUCCACUUCAACAAACUCCUGCCCUCGAAUGUCAACAUGAUCGGCAACGACCUACGGUCCGACAUAAUCGGCAGGAGCCUACACAGGUGGAACACCUGCCUAGCGCGGAGGGGGGGGGGGGUGCACCAGGGAUAUGAGAGCGAUAAGAAGAGUACGGCCUCCGUGAAGGGUGUUUGGUAGUGCACUUGCAAUAGUGAUUAUGGCAGUCAGGCAGGAGCUGGGGGAGGAUUUUAGGUUUGGUUUCAAUGUAUCAGGGAAUCCGGUUUCGGUAUACCCUGUGAUUAGCGUGGUAGAGAUCCAGGCGGGCUGUGCUUGGGAUAGAAAUCUAACGUUUUCUUUUCCUCUUAUGGGGUUUGGUAGUUGCCCUUGCGAGGGACCUCUGUGUCAAUGAUUGUUUCUCGCCUUUUUAUGUUUGUAGUGGAAUUACCUUUGCCUGGUCUGUUGACUAUUUGUUGCUGCGAAACCCACAUUAUGAUUU